AUGGUUUGGUGGUUCUCAUGGCUCUGUCUCCUCUUCUUCCUGUUUACUUCUCAACUGAACUGUUCAUUAUCAUCUUCUAACUCUUCCUCUCCUUCUUCUUCAAGGCAUGUGUGUAAUUCUGAUGAGAGUUCUGCUUUACUUCAAUUUAAGAACUCAUUUUAUGUUAAUCAUAUUUUGGAUCGUUCCUCAACUUUCUAUAUUCGUAAGACAGACUCAUGGGCAAAAGAUGAAGACUGUUGCGGGUGGAGUGGUGUCACAUGUGAAAGGGUCACUGGUCAUGUGAGCGGCCUCAACCUCAGUUUUGGUGGGCUUCAAGGAAUACUUCACUCCAACAGCAGCUUAUUCUCUCUUGCCCAUCUCAAGAUGCUAGACCUAUCUUCCAAUGAUUUCCUGGGUUCUUCCAUUUCCUCCAAGUUUGGUGGAUUUGUAAGUAUGACACAUCUUCACCUCGAUGGUUCCAACUUCACUGGUAAAAUCCCUCCUGAAAUCUCCCAGCUUUCCAAACUAGUUUCACUUAAGCUCUCUUGCGGAUUAAUUUCUUCUGAGCCCUAUGAAGAAACAACAAUAGACACACUUACCAUGAAAGGUAUUGCUCAGAACCUCACCAGCCUUAGAGUGCUUUCUCUCGAUUCUGUCGAUAUGUCUUCAGUUGUACCUGAUUCCUUCCUGAAUUUUUCUUCUUCUUUGACUUCACUUUUUCUCAUAGAUUGUAAUUUGCAUGGGAAGUUCCCAAGGACUUUAUUCCACCUACCCAACCUUGAAAUACUUCACUUGCAUGGAAACACUAAUCUCACAGGAUACACCCCCAAAUCUAAUUGGAGUAGUCCACUGAACUCCUUGAAUCUCUCUGAGACUAAAAUCUCAAUAGAUUUGCAUUUCUUGACAAGCAGUUUGAAAUCUUUGAGGGCUUUGUCUCUUUGGGAUUGCAAUUUCGCAGGAUCGCGCUCGCAUCUUGAAUUGUCUGGUAACCUCACACAACUCAUAUAUUUGGAUCUCUCUGAUAAUAGUUUUGGAGGCCAGAUACCAUGGUCGCUUUUAAACCUUGAGCAUCUCCAUCACUUGGAUCUUUCAAGCAACAUGUUUGUGGGUGCACUUCCAGAAGUUCAUGGUAAUUCCACAAAAGCAUCUUCAACUUUACAUGAUUCUUCAAAGAAACAACUUUAUGGUGGUUCUAUUCCUAUGGGUUUGUCCGUACUCCUUUUGUAUAACAACUCGCUCAACGGAACAAUACCAUCUUGGGUAUAUUCUUUGCCAUCUUUGGUAUAUUUGUGGCUCAACAACAACGAAUUCACUGGCGUUGUGAAGUUUGAAAAGUUUCAAUGUCUCCAAAGUCUCACCGAUCUUGUUCUUUCCGAUAAUCAUCUAAUGGUGAGUUUUCAGAACUUCAGUAAUUAUACAUUGCCUAAACUUUCAAUACUGUACAUGUCUGGUUGCAAAAUAACUCAGUUUCCGUACUUCUUGAGAACCUCAACCCAAUUAAAAUACAUAGAGCUUUCCGACAACCAGAUUCAAGGCAAUGUUCCAACAUGGGUGUUGGACGUGGGGAGAAAUUCAUUGUUACACUUUAAUCUUUCUCACAAUUUCUUGACGGGUACUAUAGAACACUUUCUGUGGAAGAACAUAGAAAUUGUUGACCUUAGCUCCAAUUUGUUGAAAGGAAAAGUUCCUAUUCCAUCACCUUCAACACACAUCUUUUUGAUGUCGAACAAUCAAUUGACGGGAGCAUUGCCAUCCACCAUUUGCAACCUGACUUCUGUCUCAGUAAUUGAUUUAUCUAACAAUAGCUUGAGUGGCAGGAUUCCUCAAUGUAUAGGGAACUUCAGUCAAGAUCUCUCAGUUUUGGAUUUGCAUAUGAAUCAAUUUCGUGGCAAGAUCCCUUCAACAUUCCCCAAGGGAAACAUCUUGAGGAAUCUUGACCUUCAUGGAAAUCAGUUGGAAGGGACUCUGCCGCAUUCUCUAAUUAAUUGCACAAAGAUGGAAGUUCUAGACUUGGGAGACAACAAGCUAAACGGUACUUUCCCGAAUUGGUUGGAGUCUCUUCCGGAGUUACAGGUUCUGAUCUUGAGAUCCAACAUACUCUAUGGUCCAAUUGGCAGUCCAGAAACAAGAUUUCCCUUCCGAAAAUUGAGAAUCAUUGACCUUUCCCUGAAUCAGUUUGGUGGCCCUCUGCCAACAAAGUACUUUCAGAAAUUGGUGGCAAUGAAAAACGUGCAAGAUGAUGAACUGAAGUACAUGGGAGAAUACGAUUACCAAGACACAGUCACAGUGGCAAUGAAAGGCUUGUAUUUUGAGCUGAACAAAAUACAAACCAUGUUCACAACCAUUGAUUUUUCAAACAAUGUUUUCACGGGAAAGAUUCCGGCGGUGAUCGGUGAGCUCAAAUUAUUGAAGGGGCUUAAUUUCUCUAGUAACAGGCUUAGAGGUCCAAUUCCAUCCGCCUUCUGUAACUUGACUAAUCUGGAAUGGCUGGACAUCUCCUCAAACAUGCUUUCUGGUAAGAUUCCAAGGCAACUAGCUGAUUUGACGUCACUUGCUAAGUUAAACCUAUCAGGAAACCAGUUGGUUGGACCAAUACCUCGUGGCAAGCAGUUUGAUACAUUUGAAAAUGAUUCUUACAGUGGAAAUUUGGGCUUGUGUGGAUAUCCACUGUCUAAAACAUGUAUCGAGGACGAAGCACCUCAACCUCCAUGGUUUGAUCAGCAAGAUGGUGAUAUGAAUGGAUUUGAUUGGAAAAUAGUAUGGAUGGGUUAUGGAUGUGGAAUGGUAAUUGGAUUGUCUGUGGGAUAUAUUGUUCUUUCCAUUGGGAAAGUUGAUCGGCAGGUAAGGGUCGUGGGAAGAGAAAUAAGAAGCCGAAUGGUGAAAAGGGCCAAGAAGGCUAGUGUUGGAACUAGAAAGCGGUGA